UAGAUUAUAUUUAGGCCUACUCCCGAGAUCUAUUCUUACGUUUGUUCCUGAUGCAAAUAGUUUAAAUCACGAGAACACUGACUCUGUUGUUUAUUUCGUUUCAUCAUAAUGCCAACGCUACAAUGAGACUGGAGCCCGAGGGUUUUACGCUGCUACUUUGUGAUGAGUCGUAAGCCAGCUAAGUCCAUCUCUUUCUUGAAAAACAUAAUGGGCCAAUGCCAGAACAGCGUCAGACACUAUACGUGAAGACAUCAUGGAUGGAUUGCUCAAUGUUGUCGCAAUACUUUGAGCUAUUAUUGGCGCUAUGACACAGCAGAAAAUGAAACCAACACUAAUAUCACAUGACACUUUUACAGGGAUUUCAUUGGGUGGUCUGACCCACGUUGUUGCAUAAAGUAUUGGCGUGUCCUGGUUUGCGGCCAUAUUGGUCCAACAUAGGUGCAGAGAAGCAAUUCAGGAGCAGAGAUUUUCAAGAAUUCCUGUCAUCAUGGAGGCUUAUGCUGCAGAAUUUGUUUCUGAAAGCUGCCCUGCUUUUAAGGAUGGCUGUCCCUAUUCCAAGCUUACUGAAGAUCUUUUCAUAGAAGAAAUCAAGAAAUGCCCUGAGUUCAAACAAGGCUGUCCAUUCAAGAGUACAGGCAGUGUGACUGAAAUCCUGGAAGAACUAUCCAAGAUGCCAGAGUCAAAGCACCACACAGGUGUAGCACAUGAGCAGCUACUGAACAUGCUAAGAGUUGUUCACUCUGAGUCUAAAAGCUUGGAAGAGAAAGUUGGAGAGUGUCCUGUGUUCAAGACAAAGGAAGGAUGUCCUUUUAAAGAUGCCAGCAAGGAAGGAAAGCCUUUGAUAGAGCCACCCACUGCCGUUCUUGAGAGUCUGACAGCAUCAGAUGUCAGUGGGCUUAAGGAGAAGUGUCCUGCAUUUAAAGAAGGAUGUCCAUUUGCCAAGAUGGAUAAUGAAGCCCUUCUGGAAGAAAUCAAGAAAUGCCCUGAGUUUAAGGACGGAUGUGCUUUCAAGGAUGCCAAAACAAUAGAAGAAAUCUACAGUAAGUUGUCGCAGAUGCCGAAUAGUGACAAAGAUUGUCACCAUAAAGAUGCUCUCAUGAAGACCAUGAAAGUCAUACACAGUGUUGGCCAUGAGAAAGCUGACAAGUGCCCAGUGCUUCAGAAAGAAGGCUGUCCUUUCAAGUUUGUUGAGAGUGAAGGGAAGCCACUUGUCAAUCCAGCAGAAACUGUACUUCAUGCAGUAGAAGAAAACAAAUCAGAGUCUGAAAAACCUGUUGUUCACCUUGUGCCCCUCACAGAUUUAAGAGAGACCUGUCCUGCAUUUGAAUCUGGAUGUCCGUUUGUGAAAGUUGGGGAGAGAGACUUUGGAAAAGAGCUGGAACUGUGUCCUGAGUUUAGAGAAGGUUGUCCUUAUAAGGACAGUGAAGUUGUAGGAGAUAUCUAUAAGAAGCUUGUCAGUUUACCUUCUUUCUCCACUGAGGGAUCCCAUGGUGCAAAACUUUUGGACAUUUUUAAGCACAUUCAUGAAGUGUCCCAUUCUUUGAGAGAGGAGAUGGGUGAAUGUCCAGUGUUUGUGACAGAUGAGGGAUGCCCAUUCAAGACAGUCUGCAGUGAUGGCAAGCCACUGAUUGAAGUGCUGGAUGGUCAUCGCUGGACAAAGAUUCUGGAGAGCUCUGUUGAUGAUGUCAUAGAAAAUGUGAGUCAAGAGAUUGAGAAAACAGAACCACCAAUUCACCUCUCUAAACAGCUUAAAAAAGGUACCAAGAAAGUUCACAGAGAAGCAGAAAAUGUUCAUUUUGUGAAGGAGUUUGCCAAAGGAAGAAUUCAAAGACAGUGGUACAAAGAACUUCUUGCUGAUCUCUACUUUGUCUACAGGGCUCUUGAGGAAGAGAGUGAGAAACACAAGGAACAUGAAUUGUUCAAGGUGGUGCAUUUUCCAAAAGAGCUUGGGCGUCUGCAGUGUUUGGAGGAAGAUAUGGAGUUCUAUUUUGGAGAGGAAUGGAAAGACAGAGUUCCGAUGUCUGAUGCUACAAAAGCCUACGUUGACAGAAUCCAUGAAGUUGCUGACAAAGAUCCUGCUCUGCUGAUAGCUCAUCACUACACCAGGUACCUGGGCGAUUUGUCUGGAGGACAAAUCCUGCGCAAAAUGGCAAUGAAAGCAAUGGAUCUUCCAAGCACAGGUGAAGGGGUACAGUUUUACGUCUUUGAAAACAUCUCUGACACAAAGAAGUUCAAGAACAUGUAUCGAUCACGCCUUGAUGAACUGAACAUUGAUAAAGACAAAUCAGAUGAGAUCGUUAAAGAAGCAAAUUAUGUUUUCAUGCUGAACAUAUACUUAUUUCAAGAGAUAGAUGCCUUGGCUGGAUUUGUGGAAGAGGAACCAAAGAAGAAAAAGCUGACUGUUGAAGAGAUUUACAGCAAUGUCGACACCAGUAAAGAAUCUGCUGGGGUGUGUCCUUUUGCCACUAUGGCUAAGAAGCCUGCACAAGUAAACACAGCAACCCCAAGUGGUGAAGUAAGAAGCAUCAGUCCAGUGCUUUUGGCCAUAAUUAUUGCAGUUGCAGCUAUUGUGAUAGGGCUGCUUUUUACCAAAAUGAGGUAAACUAGAAUGUCCGUUUAUGUUACAUUAAAAGCAGUUAAUCUAACAUUAACAUAGGAACAUACUGUAUGGUUUCUUUUAAUUAAAAUUUGUUACUCUGUAGUUGGUAAACAUGGGAAAACCUUUAAGUUACUAAGGCUAAAACUGAAUUGUUAAAUUAUAACUUUCAAAGUCUUGAUUAUUACUUUUUUGGAUUGUUGCCAGAAAAUCACAAUUAUACUCUUGGGGUGUCUGAAUUCAGAGUCUUGAAAGCUCAAAAAUAGCUUGAGUUAAAACUUUUAUGCAGUGAGUAAAAGGGCUCUUGAAGGAAAAGGAAGUAUCUGGGAAGACUCAGAAUUAUCCAGACAGACCCUAGCUCAAAAAUKCCAUUAAUAACUGUUGCAAAGUAAAAUUUUGGAACAGUUUUUAGAUCGCAGUGUGAAAAUGCUGUGAUGCAGAUAAAAAUGAGUCAAAGUUUGAUUUUUUAUCGAGCAGAGAAAUUGAAUUGUGAUUUUGAAUCCAUUGUAAACAGUCAAUAAUCCUUGGUGAGACACAGUACAUGUCCAGGGGUUUAAUUAGGGUUUUCAGCAAGAGGGCAACUGAUUUUCACAGGUGGGCAAAACUAUUUGAACUGAACUUUUUUGUAGGACAAGCUUUCUUCUAGAUGGUCAAACCAGCUAGGCAAAAUUGUCCUUAUAGCCAGUCAAUUGGCCAGGUGCCCGGCCCUUGAUGAAACCCCUACAUGUUUAUUAGUUAACUAAAGGUAUCCCAAUAAGGAAUUCAAAAGAUCAGUAGAUAUGAGCAACAGGUGUUAUGUCAGGUGUGUAGAUAAACAUAGUUCUUGUCAGGAUUUUAACCUAAGAUGCCUCUGUUAUCUGAAACUCCGCACUAGGCUUAAAAGGUUAAAUUUACAGUAUAUUACUUUUUUCUGUAAAAGAUUAUAACUUCUCUAAUGUUCACGUUGUCUAUUUACGCCUGCAAAACCUGAAGGGCAGCAUACCCCAGUGGCCUCUUCAUGCAUUGUGGGCCUGUGGUCUAUUAAACAUAUGAUUUGUCUUAAUUGUCCACUCCUCAAUGGGAUUUUUCAAGGGCCAUCUUAACUAUUUUUUGAAACAAAUAUCAUAAAAAAGCAACAUAGUUUAAGAUACCAACUGUUAGGAGGCAGACCAGUUGGCUAAAUACAAAGCUUGAUUAAGGAGUUGAACCCAAAAUUACAGCAAAAAAAAUUCAGAUAGUGGCUAGGGGAGAGGGAAGGCUUAAACCUGGGACCCCCCAGAUUACAACAUAAGUGCCCUUAAAGUUAAACCAUUCUGGCAUCACAGUGAUGAUUACUAAACUUAGAUCUGCAUUGGGUUAUUAAGUGUAAAUAACAUGAAUUACACAUGUAACUAGUCACUAACUACAUGAAGCUGUUGAGUUGCCAAAUUCUCAGAACCAAAAUUAAAAUAAUGUAUGGUACUAAUCAAUGAGGAGAAGUGAAAAAAUGUUGUAUUGAAAGGGGUGCCUGUGAACAGAAUUGCAGUUAAUCAAGAGGUAAACCCAUCAAUAGAGAUGAUCUUCAGCAUAGAGUUUUAGGUCACCUGUGGGAAUGAGUAUGGAGUUGCAUUCAGUUUGGUUAAUGGCUGGGCUUAAUUAACUGUUCAAUUUGCCUUUACAAGAGAUAUUUUAAUGAAAUUGUUGACUGUAGAUUUGAGUUCUAAGUGUUAUUACAAUUCUCAUAAUCAGGAAAAUAUAGCUAAUUUGUUGUGAUUAGGACAUUGACAUUAUAGGUAAGCAUAUAGAAGUAUGUGAUUUAAGCUCAUUAUUAGAGUACUUGUACCUAAGAGUAUAAGAAGGGCCUCCAAGCUCUGUCAGUCCGUCUCCCCUUUUUGGGCUUUUUUUUUUUUUCAAGAAUAAUGUUAAUACAUGCCCAUGGUGGGCCUAGAAAUGCCCACGGGACCACAAAUGCCUGACCCAACUGCAAGGUACAGGGUAAAAUUUAUAUACUGAAGUACAUUUAAGGAAAUGCCUGGGGAGGGGAUGAUGGGGCUUGGAAUAGAUAGAGCCAUAAAUUGCUGGUUUGAUGAACUGAAUUGGAGUAAUUUAUAAUAAUUUUAUUAUGAUAUAGCGAUUUUGCUGUGAAGUAAUAUGUCAAUAAAAUGGUUGAGUCAUUUCCAAUGUUGUACCAAGAAAUACACGUAGCAUUAUUGAUGAGUUUUCCGGUAGUGAUGAACAAAGUUAAAUGGAAUCAGAAUUAUACUUGCAAGUGCUUAUUUGAUUAAAGUUUGAAAACCUGAGCCUUUA